AUGGUUUUAAUCCAACUCGAUAACCAAAUUCUUUAUAGAAUUAAUAACUACAACUCACAAGACAAAGUGAUUUUAGCAGUCAACAAUGUUGAAAUAUUACUUAAUAAGUCAUUUGCUGUUGCAAUUUCACAAAAGAUUUUCUCGCAGUAUCUAUUGGAUAAUGGCAUUACUAAAAUUGAUGUAAAUACUGAAAUUAUCUCGCCAGAUACAUAUAAUGUAUUGAAAGAUAUACUUCAAUAUAGGCAAACCGAAGUCGAGUGUGAUGAUACAAUUUUGAAGGAUCUCUUUCAUAUUGGAAUGAAUCUUGGAAUUAAUGAACUAACUAAUUUCUAUAAAAGUCAAGUUCUUGAUAAAAUGCAAAUUGAUAAAAAUAAUUGCAUUGAAUUACUCGAAUUUUAUUUAUAUGUUUCAUCAAAAGACAAGAUAUUAGAAUGCAUUGACUUCAUAUCAGCGCAUUUCUUUGAAAUCGAUAAAAAUAAACUCAAAUUAGCUUCAAAUAAAUUAGGCUUAGAUAUCCUUCAAAGAAUAUUAAGCAGAAAAGAACUUGUUAUUGAAAAUGAGGAUUCUUUAGCCAAUUUUAUCAUUUCAUUAGCAAAUGAGAACGAAACAUUCUAUCCAUUAUAUGAGAAUAUUUAUUUAGAGUUUUGCAGUAAAAAUAUCAUUGAUGAAAUAGAAGCUUCGACUAACGCAAACAACUACAAGAACGUUGUUAAAUCUCUCCAUGAUUCAUUAUUAAGAACGAGAAACUUUCUUCCAAUUAAAACUAUAUCUCAAAUAGAAACAAAUUACUUCCAAAGCGGUAAUGUUGAAAUGUCUGCUUCAUCAUAUGAAGAUGGAUCAGCUGAUUUGAUAAACAGAUAUAAAAAGGAGACUUUUGUCAAAACCAAAGAUUAUUCUAAUUCAUGGAUUCAGUGGAAACUAAAAUCAGGAUUUGCAAUUCAACCUAAUGAAUAUAUUAUUAGAUCUGUAUCCGAUUAUGGAUCAUUUGUUAGUUUCCUUCAAUCAUGGAAAGUCGAAGGGACAACAAUUCGAGGUGAAAAAAUAAUUUUGCAUGAAAUGCAAAAUUCUGCAUUUAAACAAGGAGAUAUACGUAAAUACAGCAUCAAUACAAGCGAUUUAUUUGUUUCAUUCAAAAUAAUACAAACAGGGAAAAAUUGUAAUGGAAAUGAUCAAUUAUUAUGUGAUGUAUUUGAUUUUUCCGGAUCUAUAUAUAGCUUUAAUUCAAUAUGGGAGAUGGAACAUUAG